AAAUAAUUUUCAAACCAUUGUCUAAGAUAUACUAACGGUCCAAUAAUUUAAAUAAAAAUGAAACUUUUCUGUUUUUUACUAUCGUUUGUCUUUGUUAAUGUUUCAACGGACGAACCAAUUGAGGAGUAUAGGAAGCAAAUUGCCAUUACAAACACACUCAUCGAGAUUGCUCAUAAUAUGAAUAAUUGUACUGUAGAAGAUAACUUUAUAUCAAAUGGAUUGGAGUAUCUAAUUAAAAACAUAGUUUUUAAAGAUGUAUAUUUAUUCGAUCUUAUAAAUCUCAAUUUCAUGAAUCAUGUAAUAGUAUCACCUGAUUAUCAAUGUAGUGACAGCAUACGAGGAUCUAUAAGACUCCAAGAAACUUUGAAACAAGAAUUCCUAGAUGAAUUAAAAAUUACUGCUCCUGAAGUCCCAUCCGAAAAUUUUAUAAACUUAGAUUUACCACAGCUUGGAGAUGCGAGAAGAAGUCUUAUUGGAAAAGCAUUGAAAAAAAUAAUUCUCCAAGCAUUAGAUGUUACAAAUUUGACUUCUCUUAUUGAAGAAAGAAGACAUGCUCCUACAGAGAAUUCAAGAAAUAGAAUCAUACGUGCAUCAGACAGAAAUUUGUAUCACGUUUCAUCAUGUUUGAUGUGUCAACUUAUAGCAUUGUUCUUGUUGACAAAAUGUCCAACACAUGAUGUAUUUGCUCUGGUCAAUGAAGACGAGAACACUUGUACCAUAAUAAAUAAAAGCUCAAUACCCGAUACAAGUGUGUACAGAGAAAUUAAUGGCAUAUGGUGGCAAGUAAACCCCGACGACAUAAAUAAACGUGUAGAAACUUUAAAAAAUCAAAUACGCUAAAUUAAACCAGGAACCAUUUUUAUUUAUAAUCCUUUAAAAAUUAUAGAACACAAUUGUUAUUAUAU